AACCAACAAAUGGAGACGACAAACAAGACCAAAUUAACAUGGCCAACACCAAAAGUAACAACCAAGAACAAUUAUUAUUAUAAAAAUAAAAAUUCAAAAACCCUUUGAACUUUCAAGAAAACCCCAAGUACAAAAUAGAUCCCCUUUUCCAUUUCCAUUUGAAAGAAAAAAACAAUUUUUUUUUUUUUUAACUUUAGUAUCAUGAAAAUCAGUCUCUUAGGAUUAUAAAUAAAAAUUCAAAAACCCUUUGAACUUUGAAAAAAAAAACCUAGUAGAAAAUAGAUCUCCUUUUUCCAUUUCCAUUUGAAAAAAAUUAAAAGAACAAUCUUUUUAAACUUUAGUAUCAUAAGACUUAAAGGGGUUCUCUCUUUAUUGAUUUUCAAGUAGAAAAUAGAUUUCUUAUUUCCAUUUCAAUUUGAAAAAAAAAUUAAAAGAACUUUUUUCUUAAACUUUAGUAUCAUGAGAAUUAAAGGGGUUCUUUGUUUGUUGAUUUUCUUGUUAUGUAAUUGUUUUAUUGGAGCUUAUUCUUUGAAAUCUGAAGAAGCAUAUGUGACACUUUUGUAUGGUGAUGAGUUCUUGCUUGGUGUUAGAGUUCUUGGAAAGUCAAUUAGAGAUACUGGAUCCACUAAAGAUAUGGUUGUUUUGGUUUCUGAUGGUGUUUCUGAAUAUGCCAAACAACUACUUAAGGCUGAUGGUUGGCUCGUGGAGAAAAUUAGUUUACUGGCAAAUCCAAAUCAAGUGAGACCAAAGAGGUUUUGGGGCGUCUACACAAAGCUAAAAGUGUUUAACAUGACCAAUUACAAGAAAGUGGUGUAUCUUGACGCUGAUACUAUUGUUGUUAAAAGCAUUGAAGAUCUGUUUAAAUGUGGGAAGUUUUGUGCAAAUUUAAAACAUUCUGAGAGACUAAAUUCUGGAGUCAUGGUGGUUGAGCCAUCCGAAAAAGUUUUUAAUGAUAUGAUGAGCAAGGUUACCACUUUGCCUUCUUACACCGGAGGUGAUCAAGGUUUUCUCAACUCCUACUAUAUUGGAUUUGCUAAUGCUCAUGUUUAUGAGCCAAAUUUGCCUCCAGAUGUCUUAAAUACCAGAAAGGUUCCUGAAAUGGAGAGACUUUCUACUCUUUACAAUGCAGAUGUUGGCCUCUACAUGCUUGCUAAUAAGUGGAUGGUUGAUGAAAAAGAACUCCGAGUUAUACAUUACACACUUGGCCCGCUUAAACCGUGGGAUUGGUGGACAUCUUGGCUGUUAAAACCUGUUGAUGUCUGGCAGAAUGUCAGGGUACAGCUUCAAGAAUCUUUACCUGGAACUGGAGGAGGCAAAAAUUCCAGAGAUGAACUUUUUGUCAAAUUUCUUUAUUUGCUUCCAUUACUUCUGAUAGCAUUUUGUUACUAUCGGUCCUUUUUACAGACACAAUCACUAUGGCAUCAUAUUAGACAACUGUACUACAAGGUCAGAGGCGGUGUCCUAGCUUAUGCCUCUGUUCCUCCAUCUGCCAUCAGCUCCAUCCAGCAGUCUCCAAAUGGUGUGCAGUUGAAGGUGCCUGCCUAUCUCGGUGCUAUAUCUAUCUGUGUCUGUUUUGCUGCUGCUCUGGUGUCGCUUGGCCUUCCACUUUUAAUCAUUCCGCGCCAAGUAUUGCCAUGGACUGGUCUCCUUUUAAUGUACGAGUGGACAUUUACACUUUUCUUCCUCUUGUUUGGAAGUUAUUUGCACUUAGUGUAUCAGUGGGGAAGGGUUACGGCAAAUCAAUCUGGACAAUUUCUGGCUCAUCCUGUAUCUUUGGAUUAUGAACCUGGAAAAGGUCAUCAACGGCAGCAAUCAUGUUGUGACAAUGCAGCGUGGUACUAUGGGUUGGGGAUGGCAUUUCUUGCUAUCGCAGCCCCUGCAUUGCCUGGCGUUUUUGGAGUCACUUCUUUGUUUUUGAGGUUAGGAUUGAUGGUGGUAGGCGGCCUUAUUUUGGCAUCCUUCAUGACAUAUGCUUCCGAGCAUCUAUCAAUUAGAUCGUUCGCGAGGGGCUAUGAAGAAAGGAACACACCAAGGAGUAGGAGUAUAUGUUUCUUAUGCUGAUCAUGUCAAUAUUGUGGUUUCAGCUAACUACAGGCAAUCAUCUUCUUUUAUCUUAUUUAUAGAAUUGUUUUGACAUAUUCUUCCCAGUGAGAUUAUAUGUAGAAAUAUGCUGGGAAAUUUUUGGUUUCUAAUAUAUUCAUUCCAGAAGGCUGAUGUGUAAUUCUUUUGUAAGGUUAAAAGGUCUAUGUUGUCUGUAUAUGCUCCUUAGAUUUUAAUUCAUGACAAUAUUCUCUCAAUUUUAACUGAUAACAUUGACGUGGAUGAGGAUCAUCCAAUCAUUUUUCAAA